GAUAGUUAUAUACGGCUAGCAAACAUUACUCCACGGAGCAUAAUUUUGCAUACUUCGUACUUAUAUUUUGCAUUCGUCAAUCGUCGGCGAUGGAGAAUAAAGUGAUAGCCUCCGCUGAUCGGCCUACUGUGAUGGUAACGAACGACGACGGAAUCGAUGCUCCUGGCUUGAGAGCUCUCGUUCGUGUCCUUAUAUCCACCAAUCGCUUCAAUGUCCUUGUUUGCGCUCCUGACUCGGAAAAGUCAGCUGUUAGUAAUAGCAUUACAUGGCGUAAUGCUCUCCCUGUUAAACGAGUGGAUAUUAGUGGUGCAACAGCCUUUGCGGUUGGUGGAACUCCAGCUGAUUGCACUUCCUUGGGAAUCUCUAAAGCUCUCUUCUCUUCAGUUCCUGAUCUGGUUAUCAGUGGUAUUAAUAUGGGCAGCAAUUGUGGCUAUCACAUUGUAUACUCAGGGACAGUUGCUGGUGCCCGAGAGGCUUUCUUCAACAACAUUCCUUCUGUUUCUUUAUCAUAUGACUGGGUUGGUGGAAAGGGCAAUGUUGAUGACUUCACACUAGCUGCCGAAGCUUGCAUACCCAUCAUUAGUGCAAUAGUGGCUGAAAUCAAGAGUAAAACUUAUCCAGUAAAUUGUUUUCUGAAUGUAGAUGUUCCAACAGAUGUUCUCAAUCACAAGGGUUAUCGGCUUACCAAGCAAGGCAAAAGUUUUGUCAAAACGGGAUGGGUGGAAGUUGCUCCUGGAACACAAGGUAGGAAAAUGCUAUCCACCAUGACUAUGGAGCAGAAUUCAUCAGAAACUGUAGAACCAAGUGAUUUGAGCACUCAACGUGAACAUCUUUUAUUCAAGAGAGAAGUCAGGGCGGCACAAGUUGACAAUGGUGAUACAGACUAUUAUUAUCUUCAAGAAGGAUAUAUAACUGUUACUCCCCUUGGCGCUUUAUCUAAUGCUGAUGCAGAUGGCGUGGAAUUCUUCAAAGAAUGGUUGGCAAGUGUGAGUGAACAAAUUUCUUCUAAACUUUAAUAUGUUAAGAGCUCCCCCAACUAGAUAUAUGGCAGUUAAAGCCACAUACUAUGUGCCCAGAACUGGAAUAAAUACAUUGAGUGCCACUUCAUAUGUGGUAUCAUUCUUUACUUAGUUAUCAAAAGCAUGUUUUGUAAUGACCUUAGUGUUUUAGUUGGAAGGAACAUAAAAACAUAAAUUGCGUGUAUUUGAGGAUAUUUAUUAGUUGUGUGGUUUCUAUCGCGUUCUGCGCUUGUUAACAAUACCAUAUCAUGCUAUAUUUGAGGGUAUAUAUGUUUGGUGUUAUGGCA